UGCCUGGUCCGGUAAAGUAAGCUUAGUUAUAGCUCUACUCGCUCAAGCAAGGGAUUACUUUUUGCAUUAACGAUUACUACAAAUAUUAUCGAACAGUCCUUUCGAACUCCAAAACUCAAAAUCAAAAUCCUCUCUUCGCCCUUUCUCUUGCUCCGUUUCUGCUAUCUGCAAUCGAUUCCAUCGCCAUUUAGAAGACAUAAACAAGCUAGAGAAAGGGGACAUUGAUCAAUGGCCGGUCGAGUGCUGACGGUGGCACAAGAUGGAAGCGGUGACUACACCACGGUGCAGCAAGCAAUAGAUGCCGUGCCACUCUGCAAUACUUGCCGGACGGUUAUUCGUGUGUCGCCUGGAGUGUAUAAGCAGCCGGUGUACUUGCCCAAGACUAAGAAUCUUAUUACCCUCGCCGGUCUAAGACCAGAGGAUACUGUCCUCACCUGGAACAAUACCGCCACCAAAAUCGACCACCACCAGGUAUUGAUCCACCACCAGGCGUCUAGGGUCAUUGGAACGGGGACUUUUGGUUGUGGAAGUGUGAUAGUGGAAGGGGAGGAUUUUAUUGCUGAGAACAUCACUUUUGAAAACUCUUCUCCUGAGGGUUCAGGUCAAGCUGUGGCAAUCAGGGUGACAGCUGAUCGGUGUGCCUUCUACAAUUGCAGGUUUCUUGGGUGGCAGGAUACGCUGUAUCUGCAUUACGGAAAGCAAUAUCUAAAAGACUGCUAUAUUGAAGGAAGUGUGGACUUCAUUUUUGGGAAUAGCACUGCGCUCUUGGAGCAUUGUCAUAUUCACUGCAAGUCAGCGGGUUUCAUAACUGCACAAAGCAGAAAAUCUUCUCAGGAGUCAACUGGUUAUGUGUUUUUACGAUGUGUAAUCACUGGAAACGGAGGGUCUUCAUAUGCAUAUCUUGGACGUCCAUGGGGACCCUUUGGAAGGGUGGUCUUUGCAUACACAUAUAUGGAUCAAUGCAUCAGACAUGUAGGCUGGAAUAACUGGGGCAAAGUUGAGAAUGAGAGAAGUGCUUGCUUUUAUGAGUACAGGUGUUUUGGACCAGGUAGUUGCCCUUCAAAACGGGUGACAUGGGCCAGAGAACUGGUAGAUGAUGAAGCAGAAGACUUUGUUAGGCAUGAUUUCAUUGAUCCUGAUCCACAAAGGCCAUGGCUUUCCCAAAGAAUGGCCCUGCGAAUACCAUAUUCUGCAUAGAAAUUAUAACAUUAGCUGUUCAAGUAUCCAACAGGCAGAGUAUAAUCUCGUAUGAAAGCUUUCAGCAAAUAAUCAGAAAAAUUGAAAUCUCUAUAUGCAAAAAAUAAAAUGUGUUUCUGCAACAGUUCCAUUUCAUGUAUACCAGUGUUAGCCUCACCAUCAAUCAGCUGUCUUUUCUGAAGAAAGUAAUUUUUUUUUUUUCUGUUGAAAACUUCCAGGUUAUGAAUGUUAAAUCAUGUAGCAUAAGCUUGACUUGUUUGAUACUACGAUGAUUUGCUUUUACUCUUAAUUUGUUGAUGUCAUGAGAAUGCUAUGAUUGUAGCAAUUUAUCAAUGGCCAUUGUACAAGAGAUUUUAGAUUUGCGGAA